AUGGAGUUCAACGAUAUCGAGCCGGCCGAAAUCACCUUCCAAAAACAGCUUUUUUCAUCAAGUUUCUCCGUCAUAUUUCUCGUCACUAUUCGUAACAUGACCUGUGUUAUGAAGGUGCUCGACAUUCAAGUUCUGGAAUCUACUGCCUAUCGUCGAUUGAAGGCUUACGGGGUGUGUGAUCGUGGGCUGGUGCCGGACUUCUUCGGAUCAAUAAGGAAAUUUGACCCUGCCCCAUACCAACCGCAUUUGAAAAUCCUCAAAGAGAUACAUAGGGCACUUGUGCUGCACGAUGAUCCAAAACCCAGGAAUAUGAUGGUGGUUAAAGAUGACCCUGAGAGAGUGGUCUGGUUGGAUUUUGAUCGAGCAGAGACCUUUGAUGAGGACCUUGUCACUGAUGAGGAGAGACAAUACUUGGAUGAAGAAACAGAGAUGGUGGCAUGUUUCCAGCGGUUCUUGCAAGCGGACUGCAAGAAAGGGAAACUGGACCAAGCAUACAUUUUCUACUGCACUUGA